CCUGGUGCUCCCGCAAUGGCGAUGGUGACGGCGACAGCAGCGGCGGUGCGGCACGGCGGGCGGCCCGUGCGGGUGCUGGUGGACAUGGACGGCGUGCUGGCCGACUUCGAGGCCGGGCUCCUGCGGGCGUUCUGCCGCCGCUUCCCUGGGGAGCCGCACGUGCCCCUGGCCGAGCGCCGCGGCUUCUUCGCUCGGGAGCAGUACCGAGCCCUGCGGCCGGACCUGGCGGACAAAGUCGCCAGUGUGUAUGAAGCCCCCGGCUUUUUCCUGGACCUGGAACCCAUCCCUGGAGCCGUGGAAGCCAUGCAGCAGAUGAACGCCCUGAAGGACACCGAGGUCUUCAUCUGCACCAGCCCUCUGCUGAAGUUUGACCACUGUGUGGGAGAGAAGUACCGCUGGGUGGAGAAGCACCUGGGGCCCCAGUUUGUGGAGCGCAUCAUCAUGACGAGGGACAAGACGGUGGUCUUGGGGGACCUGCUCAUUGAUGACAAGGACACCAUUCAAGGCCAAGAGGAGACCCCAAGCUGGGAGCACAUCUUGUUCACCUGUUGCCACAACCAGCACCUGGCCCUGCCCCCCACCAGGAGACGGCUGCUCUCCUGGAGUGACAACUGGAGGGAGAUCAUAGACAGCAAGCGGCGACUGGGGCCCAGGGCCGAGGACGGGAGCUGAAGGAAGGGGAGGCUGGCCAGCAGGGAGCCCCAGCUGAGCGGAGUGACAGGGCAGCAUGUGGCAGUGAGCCCAGCACUGGGGAGCAGGGAGACACGGUAACCUCUCCUCUCAGGCCGGCCACCUGGCACCUCCCGAGAUGGCUGGUGUGGAAGCACGCUGGGCGAUCAGUCAGGAACCUUUGAAUAAAAAACACUUGGCUCAUU